GUCAAUUAGCUCAGGGAUUGGAUGAAGCAAUAAAAACCAUGCUUGUUGGUGAGAAAAGCGAAAUUUUAUUAACGUCAGAACAUGCUUAUGGGAAAGUUGGAUGUCUUCCAUUCAUUCCUCCUAAUGCUGAUCUAAAGUAUGAAGUAGAGGUAUUGAGAUUCACAGAACAACCAAUAAAACGCAAGUUACUUAAACUGACAAGAUUAAAGGAGGAAGGCAAUGAAUAUUUCAAAAAGAGCGAUUCGAAACGGGCGAGAGAUUAUUAUCAAAAAGCCCUCAGAAUCAUUGAGGACGAAGCAACAGAAUAUGAACAAGAUCCAUCAACAUCAGAUGCAGCUGUAACUGAAACAGCAGGAUCAAAAAUAUCAAAAAGAAUCAUAAACAAAGAAUUUCAAGAAUUAUUUGUCAUCCUAAAUUCUAAUACUGCCGCCUGUUUUUUAGCAGAACGAGAUUUCGUGGAUGCGAAAAAACAUUGUAAAGAAGUUCUUGAACAAGACCCUAAUAACAUCAAAGCACUUUACAGACUUGGCCAAGCAUUACUCGGAAUGAAUGAGUUUGAUGAAGCGGCUAAACAUGUAGAUCGAGGGUUAUUGAUUGCACCAAACGAUAACUCGCUUAAAUUUUUAAAAGAAAAAAUUGCGUCUGCAAGAAUUCAAUCCGAGAAAAAAGAAAAGAAUAUUCUUACUAACGAGGCUGAUUCCGAUCCAAUUAAGAAUGCUGGUACUAGCCAUGAGCAAAUAGUCACGCCAUGGGAUGUAGAAGGGGCGGUAAUUGAGGGGCAAGCGCAAGCUAUAGAUUACGAUAAGCUAAUCCAGCAGUUCGGUACAAAACCGAUAACUAACGAGUUGUUGACAAGAUUAGAGAAUUUGACGGGGAGAAAACCACAUCUUUUAUUGAGGAGGGGCGUGUUUUUCUCGCACAGAGAGCUUGAGAAUAUUCUUAAUCGAUAUGAACAAAAGAAACCGUUCUUCUUGUACACUGGUCGAGGACCUAGUAGUACAAGCAUGCAUCUUGGUCACAUGAUUCCAUUUGUGUUUUGCAAGUGGUUGCAAGAAGUAUUCGAUGUUCCUCUGGUGAUUCAAUUAACAGAUGACGAAAAAUUCCUUUUCAAGAACGAUUUGACACUUGAUAACGCGUACAAAUUUGCAUAUGAGAAUGCGAAAGAUAUUAUCGCGUGUGGUUUCAAUUUGGAGAAAACGUUUAUUUUCUCGGAUUUUGAUUACGUUAGAGGAGCUUUUUAUCAAAACGUAGUAAGAAUCGCAAAAAGCAUCACGACUAGUCAAUCGAAAUCGACAUUUGGAUUCAACGAUAGUGACUGCAUUGGAAAAAUUCAUUUCGUAGCAAUCCAGGCUGCUCCUUCUUUUUCAAACUCGUUUCCACAGAUAUUUGGCACGAAAAGUGAUAUUCCAUGCUUAAUUCCUUGUGCUAUUGAUCAAACAAACCCCUCUUUAGCCACCGCUCGUGGGAAAGCAGAAUUUGGUGCUCACAAGCUCAAAUACCCAAAGCCAAGUUUAAUCCAUGCGAAGUUUUUCCCAGCACUUCAGGGACCUCAAACUAAAAUGUCAGCAUCGAUAGACAAUUCGGCGAUAUUUCUAACAGAUACAGCCAAUCAAAUAAAGAAAAAAAUCAAUAAAUAUGCUUUUUCAGGAGGUGGUGAUACACUAGAAUUACAUCAACUAAACGGUGGAAACCCAGAUGUCGAUGUUGCCUAUCAAUAUUUAUCAAUGUUCCUGGACGACGAUGAUGAAUUAGAUAACUUAUAUAAAACAUACAAAUCGGGUGAGUUGAUGACAGGCGAGCUAAAAGCUAAAUGCAUUGAGGUCCUCCAAAAAUUCGUGGGCGAUUUUCAAAAGCGUAAAUCUGAGAUAACAGAUGAUCUGGUUAAACAAUUCAUGGACCCAACCCGCAAAAUUGUAGUUGAAGGUCUUGAUGCGAAGCAGAAAACUUAG